UAUACCAACCGUCAAGUAACAGCCGUCAACAAACAUCCACAAGAGUUGGUGGGGGGUUUAAGGUUUUUCUUUGAAAACGUUGGCAAAGAGUAAAGAAGCCCUCUUGAGCCUGUUUGAUCAGAAUUCAGAGGGACGAAAAUCAUGGGUAAUGAGGUGGUAGAGUGUGGAGAGUACUCGCUUUUGAAGGAUUUUAGAGUGGAAAUUGAAGGAGAAGGGACUUUCUCUCUUUGCUUUUGGGUUUACCUUGUGAACUCCACUGCAUUCCCUGCUACAAUCGUUCAACAGGUGCACUCAGCUGGCAUUGGCGGUGCUCCUUUUAUCGUUCUAGAUGAAAAGAAGAGAAUGAUGCUUCUGCCAUUGCUUCUCUUGCACAAAGAAGCUCCUGAUCCUGCAAAUUCCACUUCCUGGACCAAAGUUCCACAUGCAUCCAUGAAGAUUGAGUUUCCUUUUGAAAAAUGGAUUCAUGUUGGAUGUGAGGUUUCUACAGAUUUUGUUCAGCUUCAUAUUGAUGGAGAGGUUGUGGAAGAGAAGCGUCUGUAUUCCUUAGUUAACAAAGAUUCGACUUCAAGUAGUUUAAGGAAGAUAAAUUUGGCCAAUAAUGGUGUAGAUGGUGACAGUCUGCAGGGUUAUGUUCACAAUGUAGAAGUUUUGCCUCCAACUUUAUCUAUUAAGGAUCACCAUGAAAAGGAUGUGCCUCUAAAAUUAUCUAUUGAUAAUUCAUCUGCCUCUGAAAUUGAAGUAGGCAGCGAUGGUGUUUGGAGUAUUAUUGGUGGCAAGGCAUCCUGUCGCCGGAACUUUGCUUUGGAUGUCGUUUUAUUAGAUGCCUUGGGCCAGACUGUAAACAAGGAUAUUGAGGUUGGUGCUUCACUUUUGUAUGCUGACAAUGGGGCACUUGUGGAGAAGACAACUGAUGGGGAAGCUCCUCUUUUGGCUAGCUAUGAUGGAAUUGAAUAUGCUUCUUGUCAAAGACCAAGUAAACUGUUGCAGGGGCGUGCAUCCUUUAAGCUCAAGAUAUCUCAGCUUUCGUCAAAGUGUGAUAAUAGGCUUUUCCGAAUCAGAUUUCACAUGAUGAAAAGUGGAAGUUAUCCUUUCUUUGAGGCAUUUUCCCCUCCAAUUCGUUGUAUAUCACGGGGCCGUAAUACUCGAGUAUCCUCUUUGACAUGGAAAAGAUCAACUUCUGCAAUCCAUCCUCCCAAUUUAUCUCAAUCAUCUGGAAUGGAUGAGGGGUCAUUAGAAAUUCAGCACAACUCUGUACAUGAUGCAAGACCCUGUCCAUCAUCAAAGCGGGUUAGAUCAGGACAUGAUAAAAUAUCUGCAGCCUUUAAGAUUGACCCUACCGUGGAGCAACCUGAUGAGGAAUGCAACUCUCAUGCCUGGACAGCUAAUCAGGUUGAAAAUGAGUUUGGGACAAGUUUGGAGGGAAGACUUGAAAAACUCGAAGAAGUAGAUGACUCGCCAUCUGAUUCAGAGAGUACUGGAGACGGAAAUUCAUCUUUUAAGAGUAUGUCAAGUACAAGAAGUCCAAUAUCAGACAUGACCAUUUUCAAAUACUCCCUCUCAGGCUUAAAUGAGAGGUCUUUUAUUCUCAAGGAGAUUGCUUUGUCUGCUUCUGACAAUGAACUUUCAGAAUUUGCGCAUCAGGUGUCUCUCUAUUCGGGAUGUUCACACCACCGGCACCAAAUAAGUAUUGCAAAGAGAUUGAUAGAGGAAGGAAUAAAAGCCUGGAAUUCGAUUUCACAAAACAACGAUCAAAUUCGUUGGGAGGACGUGGUUUUUGAGAUUGAAGAGCACUUUAUGAAGAUUGCUUGUUGCAGUUCUAGAUCUCUAACACAACAGGACUUUGAGCUUCUGAGGAGAAUCGCAGGAUGUCGAGAGUAUCUUUCCCAAGAGAACUUUGAGAAGAUGUGGUGUUGGUUAUUCCCUGUAGCUUUCACAUUAUCUAGAGACUGGAUUAAUGCAAUGUGGAGUUCUACGUCUCCUAAAUGGAUUGAGGGAUUCAUAACAAAAGAAGAAGCAGAAUCUUCACUUCAAGGUCCAAGGGGUGUCCAAGAGCCUGGCACGUUUAUACUCCGGUUUCCUACUUCAAGGAGCUGGCCUCACCCUGAUGCUGGCAGCUUAAUUGUGACUUAUGUUGGCAGUGAUUGCACUCUUCACCACAGGCUGCUUUCUCUUGAACCAAUUUAUCGGGUGGAGGGUGAGGUCGUGGAUUUAAGUCCCAUCGGUGAAAGAGAAACUAAUGUGAAACCACUGCAAGAUAUGCUGCUGGCAGAGCCUGAGCUCUCUCGAUUAGGAAGGAUAAUAAGAAGUCAUUAGUUUUGCUUGUGUAGCAAAAUAUACUUCUGCUUUAAGUUCAGAGUGACCAUUUUCUUGUGCCUUCAUUACCAUUCUUAUGUAUCUUCUUUUUUUCUUUGGCGUCCAUUAUGUAUAUAUGUAGAUCAGUAUAUUGAGAAUUGCAGUGUCUAUAAUGUAAAAACCUAGUGAUUUUAACAGGGGAUCA